AGCAGUGACGUCAGUAUCAUCAUGUCCAGCAGUGAUGGCGCACACUCGCUGAGGAGACACGCUCUCAAGUCUCCAAAGAAAUCCAAAAAAGGCGAUGAUAGGAGCUCCAGAUCGCCCAAUCUAAGUGUCCACACCAAGAACUUCUACAUAGCCUCCUAUCCUGUAGUUUUAGUGUUCAAUCUCCUUCGUUCAGUGCUAUAUCACAUAUUCCUAUUAUUGAAAACGUUGUUUCGAGCUGGCAGUUAUUUAGCCCAGAGGACAGAAGCUCCAGUUGCAACAACCACUCUUAUAACAGAGCUGGAUAGUGUGGGGAUAGGUGGAGGAGGGUCAGGACAGAUAGAGGAAGGUAUACAGGUAGACCUGUGUAUACCAGAUAUGCCGCCCAAGACAGCAGGUAACCCGGGUCCAGGAGACCCGUUGUUGGCCAGACAGAAACAUCAUCAUCGUAAAGCUUUUGAAUAUAUCUCUAAGGCUCUUAAGAUUGAUGAGGAGAAUGAAGGAAACAAGGAGGUGGCCAUGGAGUUAUACCGCCGCGGCAUCACCGAGUUGGAAAGUGGAAUUGCUAUAGAUUGUGAAGGUCGUGGUGAAGCCUACGAGAGAGCGCAGAGACUGCAGGAUAAGAUGAGAACCAAUCUGAUAAUGGCUAAAGAGAGGCUGGACAUGCUAGAUUCGCUGGUACACCUGCAGCAGCUGGAGUUGGAUGUGCCCCUCCUCACCACCCUCACCCCCCCAGCUUCCCCCGCCCCCCGCAUCAUGCACACCCCCCCUCGUUUCGGUGGGGGGGUUAAGGCGAAUGCCAGUGGCAAUCGAGGGCUCGCGAAUCAUUCCCCAGGUCACACUAAUAAGCCGCGGGCACGUGUAGCCCCACAGGUCAUGACUCUCACUGAUUCAGGGCGAAAUUCUUCCGAUCGGCGAGUUGGGCCUACUCACUCACAAAAACCUUCUGAAGAUGCCAAGACUUACAAGAAGAUCCCCUCAACCAAACGCAUCACAACUUUAAGUAAUAAAAGUCAGACACUUCCUCGAAACAUGGGUUCCAGAGCUGUUGCCAAGACUAGAGACAGCAGACAUCCCAGCACUCCACCCAGUGUCAGACGACAGUUAUCAAAUCCGAGUAGCGGACAUUCGAUGGGCUCGCCUCUGAAACGGCGAGGCUCGGCCGGUUCCGGUCUUGGUGGAAAUGGCAGUAAUGGGACACCGAAGAGCACGCCAACACACAGACGUUGUGCGUCGGCAUCUCUGAAAGGAGUGGAUAGCAAACUGGCACAUGGCAUCAUGGAUGAGAUCAUUGAUUCUUCACCUCCAGUGUCAUGGGAUGACAUAGCAGGGCAAGGGACUGCGAAGAAAGCUCUGCAAGAGAUUGUAAUAUUGCCGGCACUGCGGCCAGAACUCUUCACGGGUCUACGUGCACCAGCCAGAGGCUUGCUGCUCUUUGGUCCUCCAGGUAAUGGGAAAACAAUGUUGGCACGAGCUGUGGCAAGUGAAAGUUCAGCUACUUUCUUCAAUAUCAGCGCCUCCACACUAACUAGUAAAUACGUGGGUGAAGGAGAGAAGCUGGUUAAAGCCCUGUUUUCUGUGGCCAGGGAACUGCAGCCAGCAAUUAUCUUCAUAGAUGAAAUAGACUCACUGCUGUGUGAGAGAAGAGAAGGAGAACAUGAGGCUUCAAGAAGACUUAAAACUGAGUUUCUUGUUGAAUUUGAUGGACUCAAGUCAGAUCCCGACGAGAGAAUUCUCAUCAUGGGGGCUACAAAUCGGCCACAGGAACUGGAUGAUGCUGCUCUAAGACGCUUCAGCAAGAGAGUUUAUGUAUCACUACCAGACAAGAACACACGCACAUUAUUACUCGGUAAGCUUGUGGCGAAGCAAAAGUCAGAAAUAUGUGCUCGAGACAUGGAUAUAUUGGCUGGCCUUACUGAAGGAUACUCGGGCUCUGAUCUAACAUCCCUGGCCAAGGAUGCAGCUCUUGCCCCAAUUAGAGAACUGAAUCCUGAGGAAGUUGUGUCUUGUGAUCCAUCAGAAGUAAGAGGAAUCACUCUCGCAGAUUUUAAAGAAUCUUUGAAAAAGAUCCGUAGAUCAGUCCCUCAGUCCACAAUAUCUACAUACGAAAAAUGGAAUGCAGAAUAUGGAGACUUAUCGACAUGAGUAGUCUCAUACACUGGUCCAAUAUCUCUCUAUAUAUAUAUUAUCAUGUGUGAUAUAUGCUUUAAUGUCACAAAACAAUGCCUAGUACUGUAUAUAUUUACACACAUACACACUCAUGCUCAUUGUUGUAGAUGAUAAUUUCUGUAAUGUAAAUGAUGAAAGGCAUUUGAGUUGGUAUUUUAGAAUUUACAGAAAAAAUUUCACUGGAACAUUUCCACUCAAAGGGUAUACUUUUUAUCUUUGCUUUUUUGCUCUAAUUUUACCUUUUACAGUGUUUGCAAUGCUAAUUUUAGUGGGGAAAAUAAUAUGCUAAUUCUUUUUAGAAACUGGAAAACUUUUAAUAAAAUACUAAUAAGGCUUAACUCAAAAACCGCUUUAAUAGAAAUGCUUGAGGGUAGCCAGUGUGAUAUUGUUAAAUAUCUAAUGGCGGCCUCCGGACAGUAGACGCUAUUGUUUAUUGUUUCUAGGAUUGGAAGCUUUAGUCGCAUCCUGCUAGGUUUUUGGCAUCAAUAACAUACAAUCUGGAAUAAUUUGAGUGUUCAUGCUUUUAUUGAUUUCAUGCACUUGGAAAUAAUGUGCAGUAUGGAAAUCAUUCAAAGAUUAUGAUUGGAAAUAUUUUUUAUACUUUUUCUUGUAAUAAAGCUAAUAAUUUUCAGACCCCUUAAUUACUGGCAUGAAAAACAACCUCAGAUUCUCCAUGGUACUAACAUUGUAGCUUUUAUGACUCACGAAGUCGUAAUGACACAAUUGCAAACAAACCAUACCACGGGUGGGAUUUGAACCCGUGGUCAGAGAGUCUCAAAAGUCCCCUCAAAGCCAGCGGCUUUGGGGGGACUUGAGGGGACUUGAGCUAGAGUUCAUCACGGCCAUGCUAGCGGGAGAUUCGUCUGUAAAAACUUGCAUUUGUGGUCACAGUGGUGGCCUAUGCUAACCAUCCUAUGGUGUAGAAAUAUACCUAGUUGGAUGAAUCUUAUUGAAGCUAACUGGCCUAGUGGCUAACGUGAUGGUCUGGAAUUUUGAGACUCUGACCGCAGGUUCAAACCCCACCCGUGGUAUGGUUUGUAGCUUUUAUCAAUAAAUUUAUUUUAUAAACACAAGAAAUGGUUAAUCAACAUAGAUGCUGCAAGGGUUAACUUUCCGUAUCAUAACAUUUUUCAAAGUUAGAUGCAAAAUAAUUAUAUAGGAGAUGCUUUUGCUUGUUACUAAAGAAAGCCACAUACAGGGGGUCCUGGCUUAUGAACACCUGAGUUACAUUAUAUUUUUUUCGACAAAUUAGCCAUAUACCACCAAGACUGGGCAACCUAAAAAGAAAAAUGAAAAUUUCUUGUUUUUACUUUAGUAAUGUAUACAGGAGAAGGGGUUACUGGCCUCUUGCUCAUGGUACUUUAGUCACCUUUUACGACACGUAUGACUUAGGGAGGAAGAAUUCUGUUCCACUUCCCCGUGGUGAGUUACAAUGAUUAUCAUUUACAGAUGUGGCCUACAAAAAUAUUCCGUUGAAAAAUAAUUGUUUUAUGAGUGCCAAUCUAUAGUUACAAACUGUGUGUAAUACAUAAUUGUUACUUCAUUAGGAUUUUCUACAAGAUUUGGGGGUAAAAAUAAUGGUAAAUCAAUAAGCUCAUAAGGUUGGGACUCCCUGUACUACUUCUGGAUGAGUUAUGAGAGACUUACUAAUCUCGUGUGUUUGUUAGACAGCUUAGAUUGGCGAGUGAGUUGUAAAACUCACUUGCCAUGGGUUCAAAUCCCACCCAUUCUGUGGUCUGUUGGGGUCAGCUUAGAUUACUCAUCUUUCUUGUUCUUAGCAGGAGGAGGAUCAAGGCUUCACCACUCCUUGCUCAGAAUUGCCCCAUGUGGGCAAUUCUGAGCACUUUUCAUCUUUUAAAAUAAUAAUUGAGAUCUCAAGGCCAGAUAUGUGAGAGUGAGAGGACUGGAAGCCUAGGAAAUUUCUGCUUGGGGAAGCAGCUUAUUUGAUGAAAAUUGAAGUACUGAUGGUAAUUAAGGCUUUAAUGGUCCUUUUUUCUCUUUAAAAGUUAAAUGGAUUAUAUAAAAAAGUAUACAGUAAUUAAGGUUUUUAUUUCCUCUUUUUUCUUCUCUUUAAAAGUUAACUGGAUUACUUAAAAAGCAUUUCAAGCUGACAGUCUUUUGUAUUUUAAAAGACUUUUUUAUUUUUUUCUGCAAUUUACAUAUUAGGUUGCAUAGCUUACAAUGAAUAAAAAUUCCUUUGAAAUCAAGCAAGCAAACACUGUACCACUUUUGAUUUUUACUGCUGAGAAAGGUAGCAAUAAAAAUGUUUAUCUUCUGCUUACGGCCAGAUUAGGACAUGGGUUUUAUGGGCUGCAACCCAGGGGCCUGCACCAGAUGGAGGGCCUCCAGGUGCUGCAGCCCAGGGGCCUCCACCAGAUGGAGGGCCUCCAGGUGCUGCAGCCCAGGGUCCUCCUCAAGGUGGAGGGCCUCCAGGUACUGCAGCCCAGGGGCCUCCACUAGGUGGAGGGCCUCCAGAUCCUGCAGCCCA